AUCUGUGAGCUCCUCCAUCAUCACUGUUUCUGUGUGAGGCAUCAGCUCCGGAGCUUUCAGCCAUUUUCUCCUCAGCCUCCUCUCAGUCCGGAUCCUCAGGGUGUGAACCGGCUCCGUGUCCGACCCGGGUCUGACUGCAGGUGUGAACGGACCGGCCGGGACCCGGGUUACCUUCCUCCAUCAGCUCCACAUGUGACAGCGGUGAUGCAGACAGCUCGUGGACUCAACACCGACAACACACCGUGAAGCAUCAUGGGAGGUGGCAGAUGGAGGAGCCGGCCGUGGGCCGACCAGAGCCUGUGACACACACACAUACACACACACACACACAAAUCAUGGAACAAGGCUUCAGCUUAAACACGCUGAAGAAGCUGGCGGCAGAGCCAGACUACACCGAUGUGUCGCUGACGGCGGCGGAGCGAGUGCGGGCGCUAGGGAAGAUGGGAUGCAGCGUGGAGAUCAAUGAGGACAUCGCACCGAGGCGCUACUUCCGCUCUGGCGUGGAGAUGGAGCGCAUGGCGGCGGUCUACUUGGAGGAGGGCAGCCUGGAGAACGCCUACGUCCUCUACACCAAGUUCAUCACUCUGUUUGUAGAGAAGCUGCCGACGCACAGAGACUACCAGCAAUGCAGCGUCCCAGAGAAACAGCUCAUCAUGAAGAAACUUCAGGAAGUUGCGUUUCCUCGUAAAGACGAGUUGAAGAAACGUCUUCAGGAGAAAUACAGCAGGGAACACACCGAGUACCUCAGAGCACAGAGCCAGGCGGCAGCGGUGGUGGUGGAUGGGUGUAGCCAGCAGCUGCAGAGACUCUCCCUAUUGGGUGAGGACAGGAGGCGGUACGUGCUGUUGGAGGAGGAGCGUCAGCGUGUCGCCGCCCUGCGACGCAUGCAGAUUGAAUCAGAACAGUUUCGUUACUUCGAGGACCAGCUGAGGCGUCAGGAACUGGCCAAUAGGAGAGGAGAGGAGGCGGGGCUGAAGGUUCAGACCAAAGUGCCUGAAGUGACAGAUGGCUCCUGUCUGUCCCAGCAACCAAUCAGAGACAGUGUUCGAUCCCAGGGGGCGGAUCCUAACCGGAACAGACCGCUAGCUCCUAUCAGCCAACCAGCCGCCACGCUGGCUGGAGUACACACCCACAGGGUGGAGGGUCUGCGGCGGGUGGUGGUUCCCAGAGAUCUGACAUAUCGUUUCCUCCUGCUGGCCGACUCCAACACCGCCAGAGGAAUAGAGACAUGUGGAGUCCUCUGUGGACAACUGACGCACAACGAGUUCCUGCUGACUCACGUGGUCAUCCCCAAACAGUCGGCCGGGCCGGAUUUCUGUGACAUGGAGAACGUGGAGGAACUCUUCAGUUUCCAGGACCAACAGAACCUGCUGACGCUCGGCUGGAUUCAUACUCAUCCCACUCAGACGGCCUUCCUCUCCAGUGUCGACCUUCACACUCACUGUUCUUAUCAGCUGAUGCUGCCGGAGGCCGUUGCCAUCGUCUGCGCCCCCAAACACAACGACACCGGUGUGUUCAGGCUGAGCGGUCCGGGGAUGUCGGAAGUUUCCGGCUGCAGACUCAAAGGUUUCCAUCCUCACUCCAAGGAUCCUCCUCUCUUCACUGUGUGUAAACACGUGGAGGUGAGGGACUCAAAGAUCAGCCUGCUGGACCUCAGGUGACAGACAGGAGGCGGCGUUCGUUUUUAAUGUCUGAAGAGGAAACUGUGAACACACUGCCACUGUGUGUGUGUGUGUGUGUGUAUGUGUGCGGGCGUGCAUGCGUGUGUGUGUGUUCAGUUUUUUGGGAGUUUUUUGUGAACUUUGUUUUUUGAAGUUUUAUUUGAGCCUCUGAAGCAGCUGCUGCCGUACAUAGAUAUGAAUCUAUAUUUUUGCGGUGUCCGUGUGGAUCAGUUUCUCCGACCCUGUGUGAUGUGACGAUGUGUGUUUUAAUAUUAACAGCAGAUAUGAUGUGUGUGUGACAGCUGAAGUGACAGAGUGCCUUCUCAUCAAACACCCACAUCACGUCUGAGUCUGUCGUCGACAGCAAAAACAUUUAUCUGCUCUGUAAAUCACCGCUCCUGAAAGUCUGAAGGUAAAUGUUCUUUUAGUUCUGGUGCUCUUUGAUUACCUGUGGUGUCACACCGGCACGCUUUUGUCCUCUGAUGUGUAACGGUGGCGCUCUCUUGUUCUCUGCAAAGUGCAAAGGCGGAGUUAUACUUGUGCGUCAGCCCUAUGCAGAGCCUACGCCAUAGUCUACACCUCUGUGAGCAUUUGUACUUGUGCGGUGGUGUGUCUGUGUCACUCUGCAGUUACACCUCCAAACCACUAGUGGGCGGUGGGGUUUCUGUUAAGUGCUGUAAAGUUUAGUUGAUUCAAAACACAUAUUAAACACACA